AUGUCUCUCGACAACGAUACAUACAGCACGACCACCCCCACCCUAUUAGAUAACCUUGCAUUUAAAAGCGCUCUUCUUAGCAUGAUGAGUGACACUGGGCCGGACUCGGAGACGAACGACGAGCUGAAGCAUCGUGCCCAGUCCGUUCUUUUGGACAUGGGAUCCACGAUAACCCCAGUUGGCCCGCACGGGGUUAGGACAUAUGACCUAUUGUACGCAAUGAUUGAGGGUUCAGAAAAAGCCGGUUUGUUGAGCGGUGUACGCUACGCAGCGGCUGCCAUCAUAGUGGCCUAUCAAAAGGGAGAAGCGUUCAACUCCUCUGCAUCAGAGUUAAUCAAGUUGGCGAAUGAUUGGUUUUUCUUCUUCCUCUGGCCUUUCAGGAGAGCCUUUAGAUCUGACGACUUUCCACAAUCAGAGUCCUCCGAGUCCACCCCAAUUCUCCAUGCUUCCGAAGACGUCGCUGACGCUGUGCCUGUGACGCCACGAGGGUCUAAAUUCCGGAAUUUGAUUAGCGAACGAGACGACAAGUGUGUAGUCACCGGAACUUUUAAUAUACAGAAAGGUCCAUAUCCCCCCGGUACCGAGGGUCGUGAAGGGCUCCUCCAUGCUACUUACAUACUCCGAAGAUCCAUUGCUCACGAGCGUUCCGGAAGUAAUGGAACGAUCGACAUAAUUAAGCACCUUAUCAAGCUCCCUGAAAAUAUCAUAGACGACCUAACUGGUAUCAUCGAUAACCCAGAGAAUGGAAUGUUGCUUGAUAUGACAAUGCAUGAUACACUCGACAUCUACAUGUGGUGCCUACACUCCACAGAUGUCUUGCACAAGUAUAAAUUGCACUGGUUCCGUCCCAUCCCUAUGUGUAUGGAGAAUUUUACAGAAGUCCAUUUCCAGGAUCACUCUCAAACUGGCAUUCAGCUUCCUAACCCUGCGUACAUUGCGCUCCAUUCUGUGAUUGCCCAUGUCCUGCACCUCAGUGGUGCUGCAGAAGUCAUAAACAAGGUUUAUGAUGCGUUCUUUGGUAAACUAGAUCAUACGGUGCCGUCUGAAAAUCGUGCUAGCAAGGAAGAUUUCCCUAUCAGACUCUUGUUAAUCGAGUUGACGACAAACAACAACCACCUCAUGGAUACACGCACCCUAAUGAGAUUGUUCCUCCUCGGGGCGGGUGAGUCUUUUCAAUAA